GCAUCACCCACUGGACUUGAAUACUCUAAAAGGUCAUGGGGAUAUUGUCACUGGAGUUUGCUUCUCACCCAAUGCACAGUCUUUGUCAACUGCUUGUGGUGACGGGGUUGUUAGGGUCUUCAAGUUGGAUGAUGCUUCGAGCAAAAGCUUUAAGUUUCUGAGAAUUAAUUUGCCUGCUGGAGGUCAUCCAACUGCAGUUGCAUUUGCUGAUGAAGCUUCCUCAGUUGUAGUGGCAUGCGAUGCUUUUUCUGGUUCUUCCCUGUACAUGUAUGGUGAAGAGAAAACAGCAGCCACUGAUUCCAAACAGGCCAAGCUUCCUCUUCCAGAAAUCAAAUGGGAACAGCAUAAAGUUCACGACAAGAGAGCGAUCCUAACUGUAGUUGGUACCAAAGCAACUUAUGGUAGUGCUGAUGGGAGCACAAUCAUUGUUUCAUGUUCUGAAGGUACUGAUAUUGUGCUUUUUCACGGAAAAAGUGGCAAGAUUGUUGGGAGUGUUGACACUAAUCAACUCAAAAAUAACAUGGCUGCUAUAUCUCCCAAUGGGCGUUUUAUAGCUGCUGCAGCUUUUACUGCUGAUGUCAAGGUUUGGGAAAUUGUGUAUUCAAAAGAUGGUGCUGUAAAGGAGGUUUCAAGGGUAAUGGAGCUCAAGGGGCAUAAGAGUGCAGUGACGUGCCUAUGCUUUACCCCGAAUUCGGAACAAAUAAUUACUGCAUCGAAGGAUGGUAGCAUCAGAGUGUGGAAUAUUAAUGUGCGCUAUCAUCUUUCCGAGGACCCCAAGACAUUAAGGGUGAUCCCUAUUCCCCUUAAGGAUGCAAAUGGCACAACUUUACUCUACGAUCGUUUGUGUCUAUCACCUGAUGGAAAGAUAUUGUCCACCACUCAUGGUUCAAUGAUGCAAUGGCUAUGUCCGGAGACUGGGAAGGUUUUGGACACAGCUGAAAAGGCACACGAUGGUGAUAUCACUGACAUGGCAUGGUCGCCUUCUCCCAUUCCAAUGGGUGACAAGCAAGUUCUGGUGUUGGCCACAGCCAGUGUCGAUAAGAAAGUAAAGUUGUGGGCGGCUCCAUCCCUAAAUGCAUCGUGAACAAGCGACAGAGCCUUUUCCCCGUGAAUGACAAGCUUUUGAUGUCUCACCCAGUUUUUGAACUAAUAGAUUAUUAUAAGGGGACUGACGAUAAUAUAUACAGUACAAGUCAGAAGAGCAGAAUACAGCCUAAGUUAGAGGAUGGGUGCUUACAUCUUUUGAGAGUUUUUGUUAUGCAAAGAGAGAGAUAACCAGCAUGUAUUAAGCUAGAGGAAAAUUUUGAGAUAAAAUUUGAUGUUAUAUACAUGAGUUGUAGUUUUCUCUAGGCAUUGGUGAUCUAUUUUAGAGCUUAGAAUUGGAAAAGGUACGUUUUCAAUUUUAAAUCAGAAGACGAAAAAAUAUUCUUAAGUUCCA